ACCGCGUGGCCACGUGUUCUGCUGCUCGUCUUGUCUCCGCCGCGCACCGCUCGUCCGGUCGACCGUUGUUGCCGCCKCUGCACACGACGAAUGCGAUCGUCGCCACGCCAAUAAUUAUUUUUGUUGAUAUUAUUACCCAUUUCGGUGAUACCACGGUAACCGCACGCCGUUUGACAUUUUAAAAGGCCCAGCUGAGCCCACCAAGUCGGGUACCAACGAGUUCCCCGACAUGGACUUCCAGAGCGCCAUGGAGACGUUUGCCGAAGCGUGGGUGGUCGCCAGUGCCAAAGGCACAUUUACCUACCCACCGAUCAACGGAUUCCAGAAUCAAUCGAUGUCAUUGACUCCACACUUACAAGGAUCCACGUCACCGGUCUCUACGGCAAACGACGGACAACUCGGACCAGCGAAAUCUAUACCGGUACAUUGUAUAGUUGAAUCGAUCAACCAUGUUUAUCAAUGGAGCCAAAAGCACUCACCGUCACUGCAUCGUUCUAAAGGCCAYGUAGAAUUGGACAGAUUCGUCAUCAUCCCGAACAACACUGCGUUCAGAGAUUUGACGGAAGCCGCAUUGGUACGCCUGGGCUAUUCCAAAGACACAGCUGCAGCGUCAAAGGGAUUGGUAGUACUGAAAAAUUGGUUACCGUUAGACCUGGACACGAUUGCCGAAGACCCGGUACUCACAGUGAACGACGUCCUAGGAGAACUCACUACCUUAGCUACUCURAGAAUACUCGUGUUCAGGGAAACGAAGAACCGAUUCUCCGAUUUGAAGGACAAAUUGUUGAAACUAUUGUUGGUACAAAGCCAAACGCAAUUGACAGCGUCCGGAUGUCCCCUGGACGAAGCGAUAAUAUUGCAGAUGAUGAAGGUGGGUCAGGCUUGCCCAGAUUUGCCCGAAGAUUUGUACAAAAAAUUUGAACAGUGGUGGAUCAUGCAGUCGUCAAACGUCGUUCCCAAAAUACAACCAUCGGUAUUGCCUCAAUCAGUAAGAGAUAUGUUCUAUCGUAAUGGUUCGUCACCAAGGCAGUCUAACAUGCAAGACAACCCCGCUAAUUGUAUUGUUCCUAAAACAGAUCCCAAGACACACAGUCUCCAGUCUGUUUCUCAAAAUCAGUUCCAAGGUCAAAAAACGCGUAUGCGUACUAGCUUCGAUACAGAACUUGAACUUCCAAAAUUGCAAUCUUGGUUCGCCGAAAAUCCUCAUCCAAGUAGACAACAAAUACACCAUUACGUGAGUGAAUUGAACAAUCUGGAAUCACGRAAAGGUCGUAAGCCGUUAGACAUCAACAACGUCGUAUAUUGGUUUAAAAAUGCCAGGGCAGCUCAAAAACGGGCUGAAGUACGUGGCACAAAUUCAGGCGUUGCAGACAUCAUGAACCCGGGAACCAACGAAGCAAACGUGAACGGUUACUGCAAGAGCAGCAGUCCCAGCGAGCACGGCGGCAAGUCGUACAGCGGGCAGGGGUCGGUGAGCGAGGCCGAAGACGAMGACGACGAAGAGUUCGACGACAACCGGGACGAUGGAGACGACGACGACGACACGAAACCGCUGAUGAGCCCACCGGCGGAACAGCCGAUAUCGUUGACCACGCACGGACGAUUUAGUAACGGCGAAACACUGGUGCAGUCGUCAAGACCACAAUCACGCAGCUCACAACAGAGUCCUGAACACAAGGUAAUGGUGAUCAAGGAAGAGCCACCAGAUAAGGAUAAGGCAAUCGUGACCACUGGACUGAACAAUAACGAUUAUGAGAAUGAGGACGAUUUCGACGAGGAAAUGAUAGACGAUGACGGUUCGGACGGUGACGGUGAUGGUGGUGAUGAUGAAGUAGAUGUGAUCGGCAACAGCUGCAAACGGUUAUCAUCGCAACAACAACAGUCAUCAAURUUUUGCACCACCAGCCCAGUGGACGAUCACCCAGUUUCCACGGGACACCACCGCCAGACGACACCACCACCUCCACCUCCACCGCUGUUUCACCGCGCCGCUGAUAUGCACCAGCCGCUGGUCCGGCCCGGAUUCUCGAUGGCCCCAAACUCAAUGUUCGGCCACAGUUUCAUGUACAUGAGCCAAUGCUUGCCCGGAUUCAAUAUGGGCCGCCGGCCACAGACCGGCACUCCGCCACCGCCACAAUCGCAACAGUCUCAGGUGUCGUCUGCUGCAACCGCGGCGGGCCUGAAUCUAUCGGCGCUGGCCGAGGAACGCCGGAAACGGAACCGGACGUUUAUCGACCCGGUGAGCGAGGUGCCGCGACUAGAACAGUGGUUCGAGCACAACACGCAUCCGUCGCACAGCCUGAUCGCCAAGUACACGGACGAGCUGAACCGGAUGCCRUACCGGCAAAAGUUCCCGCGGCUAGAGUCGAAGAACGUUCAGUUCUGGUUCAAAAACCGCCGGGCUAAGUGCAAGCGACUAAAAAUGUCACUGUACGACGCCAUGUCUCCUAAGGAUCAAUUCUCCAUGUCCACGUACCUCAAUCACGAUUAGUGUUACAUAUUAUACUGUUCUGCGCAUCGUUGUUAAAAAAAAAUAUCUUUUCACGGAUGAAUAAUAAUAAUAUUUAACAAAUCAUAUACCUACAAUAUUUAUACGAUAAAAUUAUUAUUUGUUAUAGGUACACCGCACGGCUGCUCGUGUGUGUAAACUACUACUAUUACAUUGUUAUGUAUUAUUUGAGUAUUAAACAACGUGUGAAGACGAUAAAAAAAACAUUUUAACUAAAUUAAUAUUUUUCGUGCAUAAAAAAAAGAAAAUUAAAAAAAAAAUUUGAAUAAAACGAAUGAAUAUUUUAAGUGGUGCUCUUCCCUGCCGACUGUCUCUUCGAUGUCGGAAGAUUUCAUUCGGUUUUCCCUUAUUUUAUAGUUGUGCUAGUCAAAAACAUAUGCGCUCGUUAAAAAUGUCAAAAAAUAGAGUUUUAACUAUUUCGUACAAGCAAGUGCGAAUAAUGAUUAGUCCCGAGAUUUUARUAUAAUAGGUGCGUCAAUGUUUUCAAAACCGUUCCGUAUAUUUUGAAGAGAAACAUUCGUUCCAGAGCACAAGCUUGCACUAAAUUAUUAUUCAAUAUCAUCUGUGUGUAUACUUGGCGUUCUUCACUAUCAAAACGUGACCGUUCAUCGACGCAUUGCUGCUGUAAAUAUUGCGCACUCGUCAAAAUAAUAAAAUAGGUUAUAAUAUAUUUAAUAAUAAUAAUUUAACCACAAUAAAAACCCACCCGUAAAACAUAAAUUAUAAUAAUAUUCCUCCUCGUUCGGUGACGCGUAUAACAAUAAAUGCGAUCCACUUGAGGUGGCACCAUACCGCUACCGUGGUAUAACGUUAACCAAAACUAACAAACUAUGUUGUGAUGAUAUUAUUUUUCGAUAAACGCAUUAAGCCUGAGUUAGGUCUCCGAGAAAUCGACGAGUUCCGUCGCAGAAUUUGCACGAUUUCCGUCGACGGUGAAAGGUCAAACAUUCUUUCUARGACCAAAGGUUCCCGCUCUUUCUUAUAGGCCGUGGCGGUGCAAUUAUUUGAGAUUAAUCGGGGAUGACGGAAAGGGCGGUAAAGUUUUCGGCCGAUUUGCCUGCAACGAGUGUACAAUGAGUCAAUGAGUGCAGUCGAAACUUAAUCACAUUUAUAACUAAUCAUUAGAUAUCGAUAGGUAGGUAUAAUGUAAUAAUAUGUCAAGUAAUCUUAUUGAUAUGGUUAGCUGUUAAAUAAUAUUAAUUUUUGUAUUUUAAUUUAAAAAGCUUUUGAACGUAAUAAUGAAAGUAUAAUGCCAAGAAGAAAAAAAAAACAAUCGCUAGCCAUUAAACACUGCUGUGAUGAAUUUCACCGAUCGCGCAUGUAUAAUAAUAUAGGUAGCGGAUUAAAUAAUUAUACUAAAAAAUGUUCCUGAACGGACUCGCAUAUUGUAUAUAAUACUCACCUAAUAUUCCGUUUCUGAGAUCGUGGUCUAUAGUUCAAAUAAUAAUAAUAUUAUGCAUCGACCGCAACUUUGCACUACCUACCUACCUAUAAUAUUGACUUGUUGCAUUUGAUUGUGCGUGAACAACAUUCCUCUAUACCUUCCGAACAAGUCUGGUACUGUGUCAUCAGCCGGUCAGAUGACUAUAAUAAAUAAUGAUCGUAGUUUUGAAACGAAUCCCAAUCCGUUUUAAUGGUAUUAAUCUUAGACCUACUACGUGUACAGCUUUAAUUAUAAUUAUAAUAAUAAUCAUAUGUAAUGUCAUAGACAUCGCGGUUCUCUUUUACAUAUUAGUAAUAAUAUGACGAUAAUAAACUACAUUAUUAUUGUCCAGAAGAUGGUGAUUUUCAAUUUAAUUUUUUGUUUUUUUAAUUUUUUUUUACACCGAUUCUUCAGAAACAACAGAAACAUAUUAUAUAUAUAUUAUCUGUAGAUCGGACCAAUAUAUGAUCUCUAGCUUAUGGUUUUUGUUGGUUUUUUUUUAAUUUGUUGACGUUAAAUUUUUUUACGAUAAUAAUAUUACACUACUAUUAUUAUUAUUAUUAUUUUUUUUUUUUUGUUAUUUGCAUUAUAUUAUAAUUUUUAACUAUUCUUACGAAUCGCCUUCACAGUAUACGCUUGACACUGUAUAAUACUAGUAUCAGAGCUAAACGUUUAAAGCUUUGGGAUAAAAUAAUCGCUCGACAUUUUCAAUUGCAGUGUUAAGUUAUCUACAUCAUCGAAACCAAAGAUUUAUGUUCUAUGUACGGAAUAUUUUGUUUGAUUGUUUGUUUGUUUUAUUAAUUUAUAUACUACUUUAAGAGCGAGCAUGUACAAUAUUAUUAAACUGUAUCAUACUAUAUAAUAUUAUUAUUAUCACAUUAUACGAUUAAAGUGUUUUGAAUAGUUAUUUAGGGUUUUGUUGGUAAAAAUU